AUGGCGGCGUGGCGGGACCUGCUCUUCUCGCAGCUGGGCUCCGUCUGCCGCGGCGGCCGGGACUGGCGGGGGAGCGGCUGGCGGCACCCGCCCCGCGAACGCUGCGCGGCGGCGGAGGACCGACGACCGCGGCCCCCCCGCGCCGACCCCGCCGGGGCGGCCGCGAACCCGCGGCGCCGCAGGGACAGAGAGCAGUCCCCCAAAUCUUGGAUCGAAGAGGUCUUCAGUAAAAGAGAAUGUGCACACAUCAUUCCCAGUUCAAAAGAUCCUCACAGGUGUCCUGCAGGAUGCCAGGUGUGCCAGAAUUUAAUCAGAUGUUGCUGUGGACGGCUGAUUGGAGAUCACCCAGGAGCAGACUGUAGCUGGCCUGUUUAUCAGGCUGCCCCACAGAGAGAUGGUGGAGAAUGGUCUGUGCAAAACCACACAAAGACGAGUCCAACGGAUGCAUUUGGUACAAUCAAUUUUCAAGACGGAGAUCACACUUACCAUGCCAAGUAUAUUAGACUCUCUUAUGAUAGCAAUUUGGAUCAGCUGUUGCACCUGAUGGUUAAAGAAUGGCAGAUGGAGUUGCCAAAGCUAGUGAUUUCUGUUCAUGGAGGCAUUCAAAAUUUCAAGCUUCCCUCAAAGGUCAAGCAGGUUUUCAGCAAAGGAUUGGUGAAGGCUGCUGAGACUACAGGAGCAUGGAUAAUUACAGAAGGCAUCAACAGCGGAGUGUCCAGGCAUGUGGGGGAUGCCCUGAAAGGCCGUGCCUCACCACACCUGAGAAAGAUCUGUGCUGUUGGGAUUCCUUCAUGGGGUAUCAUUGAGAACCAGAGGGAUCUCAUUGGAAAAGAUGUAGUUUGCCUGUACCAGACUCUUGGUAACCCACUCAGCAAGCUAAGUACCCUCAACAGCAUGCAUUCUCAUUUUCUAAUGGCAGAUGAUGGGACAGUAGGCAAGUAUGGGAAUGAAAUGUUGCUCAGGAGGAAUUUGGAGAAGUACAUAUCACUUCAAAAAAUACACACAAGAAUGGGCCAAGGUGUACCCAUAGUUGUGCUGGUGGUGGAAGGAGGCCCCAAUGUGAUCCUGAUGGUGUGUGAGUACGUGAGGGCCAGCCCAACUGUCCCCGUGGUGGUCUAUGAGGGCACUGGCAGAGCUGCAGAUAUCCUGGCUUUUACCCACAAACACACAGGUGAUACGGGGGAGCUGCGCCCUCAAGUGAAGGAAGAGGUCUUAGUGAUGAUUCAAAACACAUUUAGCUUGGGACAGAAACAGUCCAGUCAUCUAUUUCACAUUUUGAUGGAAUGCAUGGAGCACAGAGAGUCCAUAACCAUAUUUGAUGCGGAGUCAGAAGAUCAGCAGGACAUUGAUUUGGCAAUUCUGACGGCACUCUUGAAAGGUACAAAGAUGUCUGCUUCAGAUCAGCUAGAUUUGGCGUUGGCCUGGAACCGGCUAGAUAUUGCCAAGAAACACAUACUAGUUUAUGGACAACACUGGAAGGUUGGUGCCUUGGAACAGGCAAUGCUGGAUGCUUUAGUGAUGGACCGUGUGGAUUUUGUGAAGCUGUUAAUAGAGCAUGGAGUGAACAUGCACCGUUUUCUUACCAUAUCUCGUUUGGAAGAACUCUACAAUACAAAACAAGGACCAUCAAAUCUACUUUUGCAUCACCUAGUUCGAGAUGUGAAACAGAAUACCAUUUCCUUGGAUUACAAGAUAUCACUGAUUGAUAUUGGGCUGGUGAUAGAGUACCUCCUUGGUGGAGCUUAUCGGAGCAGCUAUACAAGGAAGCAUUUCCGAAUUCUCUACAAUGAUCUCUACAGAAAACACAAGAGAGUGCUCUCCAGUUUUUCUCAGAGCCUAUCUCAUUCCCUUCAUCAGAGUAAUCAGACGGGUAGCAGAAUGGGAUCUGCUGAAAGUACUUUGCAUUCUCAGUUCUUCAGAACAGCACAGCCUUACAAAUACAAGGAAAGAUCCACUGCUUUCCAUAAGUGUAAGAAGAAAUCAAAAGAGGAUAUAAACUUUGCAGAGAACUAUGAGUCAUCUGGCUUUAUCUACCCCUAUAACGACCUCCUGGUUUGGGCAGUAUUAAUGAAAAGGCAGAAGAUGGCAAUGUUCUUCUGGCAGCACGGAGAGGAAGCCAUGGUCAAAGCUGUUGUGGCUUGUAAACUCUACAGGGCGAUGGCACAUGAAGCUAAACAGAGCAACAUGGUGGAUGACACUUCAGAAGAACUCAAGAAGUACUCAAAGGAAUUUGGGCAGCUUGCCUUAGAUGUGCUGGAGAAAGCAUUCAAACAAAAUGAGCAGAUGGCCAUGAAAUUGCUGACCUAUGAACUGAAAAACUGGAGCAACUCAACUUGCUUAAAACUAGCAGUGUCUGUGGGGCUGCGGCCUUUCGUAUCCCAUACUUGCACACAGAUGCUGCUGACCGAUAUGUGGAUGGGACGCCUGAAGAUGCGGAAGAACUCCUGGUUUAAGGUCAUUAUGAGUAUUCUCCUGCCUCCCACCAUCUUGAUGCUGGAGUUUAAAAGCAAGGCAGAAAUGUCUCAUGUGCCUCAGUCUCAAGACUUCCACCAGUUCACAUGGUAUCAUGGGGAUCAGAGCCCAGCCAGCUCUAAAGAUGCCUUGUCUCUGAAGGAUUAUGAUGUGGAGAAGGUUGCUCAGAAGUCUGAUGAAAGCCAAGUAGACGGUGGACAAGGAAACCUGCCCGGCACUAGAAAAAUCUAUGAGUUCUACAAUGCACCAAUUGUCAAGUUCUGGUUUCACACGAUGGCGUACAUGGCGUUUCUCAUGCUCUUCACUUACACUGUGUUGGUGAAGAUGGAACCAAGACCGAGUGUGCAAGAGUGGCUUGUUAUCAUUUAUAUUUUCAGCACUGCUAUUGAAAAAGUCAGGGAGGUAUUUAUCUCAGAACCUGGAAAAUUCCGCCAAAAAGUGAAGGUGUGGAUUUAUGAAUACUGGAAUUUUACGGAUUCUAUAGCUAUCAUCCUGUUUAUGAUUGGUUUUGGCUUGCGCUGGUCCGACCCCCCUGUUCAAACUGCAGGGAGGCUACUUUACUGCUUGGAUAUAAUAUUUUGGUAUGCUCGGCUCCUUGAUCUUUUUGCUGUGAAUCAGCAUGCUGGCCCAUACCUGACAAUGAUUGGGAAAAUGACAGCAAACAUGUUCUAUAUUGUGGUCAUGAUGGCCAUAGUCCUAUUGAGUUUUGGAGUGUCACGAAAGGCAAUUCUUUCACCAGAGGAGCCUCCUUCUUGGACUCUGGCACGAGAUAUAGUAUUUCAGCCCUACUGGAUGAUGUUUGGUGAGGUCUAUGCUGGAGAAAUAGAUGUCUGUGAAACCAAUGAAGACUGUCCUCCUGGCUCCUUCCUCACACCGUUCCUCCAAGCUGUCUACCUGUUUGUGCAGUACAUCAUCAUGGUCAACUUGCUUAUUGCUUUCUUUAAUAAUGUUUAUUAUGAUUUGAAAUCCAUAUCGAACAAGCUCUGGAAGUACAACCGGUACCGCUACAUUAUGACCUACCAUGAGAAGCCAUGGCUGCCUCCACCUUUCAUCCUCCUGAGCCACAUUGGACUUCUGAUAAACCGCGUCUUCCACCAUCGGCCCCCAAAUGAGCUGGAUCAAGAGGAAGGCGAUGUUGGACUAAAGCUGUACCUGAGUGAUGAGGAGUUAAAGAAACUCCAUGACUUCGAGGAACAGUGUGUGGAAAAAUAUUUUCAUGAGAAGAAUGAAAGCCUGAGUUCCAGUGACAGUGAAAGGAUCCGUCUGACAACAGAAAGAGUGGAGGAAAUGUUUCUGCAGCUUAAAGAAGUGCAUGAGAAGGUAUUUUAUAUCAAGGAGUCUUUACUCUCCCUGGACAGCCAGCUAGGACAUUUGCAAGACCUGUCUGCCUUGACAGUGGACAUCCUCAAAGUGCUUUCAGCUGUAGACACCUUGCAGGUGGAAGAAGCCUUACUGGCUGACACAAAACAUCGAACCUGUAGGAAGCUGCCCCAUAGCUGGAGCAAUGCGCUCUAUUCCAAGACCUUGAGCAGCCUAGAGUGUUUGUAUGACAAGAAAUACCACUACUCCAGCAUGCCACCCUCCCUCUUACGGAGCUUGGUAAGGAGUCAGUGGCCGUCAGAGUGCAAAGACCAUGUAUUGAGGACCGAGAGUAACAAGGUGGUAGAAGACAACUCUCGAAAGAUAGAAAUAGAAAGUGACACACUCACUUCGGGAGUAUCCUCUGAGACUAAGUCAACCCCUAGAUAUGGACAAUUCUUGCUGGUGCCCCCAGACCAUCAGGGAGGGUCUUUAUCUGAGGAUGUCACCUUAAAUUUGUCCUUUUUGAGCACUUCUGCCAAGUACAGGGACGAUGCAUUCAGGCAUGAACUGCAAAGUAGCAUUGUGGUGCAGCCAAACUUGCGGAGUGUCAGCCUCAUUGGAAAAGAGCCAGAAGAUUAUCAAUGGAGCCAGAGAGACUUUGUUAUUCAUUUGCCAUCAGAAAAGACUAAUGCCGUAGAGGCUGAUCAUCCUCUUGGUCUCCAGCCAUCGGAGACUGAAGAGAGUGCAGCACCCUCCUGUGAUGACAGGGAAGAAACUGAAGGCGGUUAUGUGAACUGGGGAUUCUCUGAAGGUGAUGAAAAAGGGGUUUUCAGCUCAGAAACAAAGAAGAAGGCCCUGUGCAUACAUUCCACCUAUAACAGUGACUGCAAUUGCACAGGUAGUCCUCCCAGGCAUGCCCAGAUAAAAGAAUCAAAGUCCUUCUCCUACAACUCCGACAGGUCAUGUCACAGCAGCAGCAUCUCUCAGAACAAGCUGAAACGCAGCACCUCCUUCUGGAUCAGCCCACUCUGGAGGGACUGGGGUUUCUGCAGGAGCAACAGCUUACAGUCCCAUAAGAAAGAGAAAAGAGGGAAAACCUGCAAGGCCAUAGGUGAGUCCUUACGAUCCAGUGAGCUACACCACAGUGAGGCAACAAAAGCAAAACAACAAAACAGAGACAGAAAGUCUGGGAGAGGAAAGAAGAAUCAAAAAACCCUUCAGGUGCCGGUGAUUAGAGUGGAUGAUUGUCCCCAGAACACCCAAGUGAGCUCCGAGCCUGCAGAGAUCAAUGUCUGGAAUGAGCAAGAGAAACACAGCAAGAACUGGCUCACUGUGUCUAAUUUCAGUCAGCUAAGUUUGGAACGUCUCAGUUACAUGCACCAAAAAAUGGAAAAUCAAGACAUCGGUAGGCAUACCAUACCAUUCUGUGAUUACCUGAGGCAUUCUCGAGAGGAUUUGAGUAAUAGCAUAUUUGGAACCACCAAGAAAAGUAAUCUGAACAGGAAGUCCUUGUUGAGAACUUCAGAGGAAACUGACAAUAUCUUCACCUGCUUGAAAACAUCUCAAGAUCUGCAUCAUCACUACUCAGCUGUUGAAAGAAACAACUUAAUGAGACUUGCUCAGACCAUACCAUUUACACCAGUCCAGCUCUUUGCCGGAGAGGAAGUGACAGUCUAUCGUCUAGAAGAAAGUUCACCUAUGAACCUUGAUAAAAGCAUGUCUUCCUGGUCCCAGCGUGGUAUGGCUGCAAUGAUCCAAGUCUUGUCACGGGAGGAGAUGGACGGGGGUCUGCGGAGGGCCAUGAAGGUCAUUUGUACUUGGUCUGAGAACGAUGUAUUAAAGUUGGGACAAGUAUUUAUUGUGAAGUCUUUUCUGCCAGAGGUGGUUCAGACUUGGCAAAAGAUCUUUCAUGAUGGCACAGUGUUACAUCUCUGCCUGAGGGAGAUCCAACAGCAAAGGGCUGCCCAGAAGUUAAUCUAUACCUUCAAUCAAGUGAAGCCUCAUAGUAUUCCCUAUACUCCAAGGUUCCUGGAAGUUUUCCUCAUCUACUGCCAUUCAGCGAACCAGUGGCUGACCAUUGAGAAGUACAUGACCGGCGAAUUUCGGAAAUAUAACAACAACAACGGAGAUGAGAUUACUCCCAGCAGCUUGCUGGAAGAGCUGAUGCUGGCCUUCUCUCACUGGACCUAUGUGUACACCCGUGGGGAGCUCCUUGUCCUGGAUUUGCAAGGUGUUGGGGAAAACCUUACAGAUCCAUCUGUUAUUAAACCUGAAGACAAAAAAUCUGGAAAGAUGGUAUUUGGACCAGCAAACCUAGGAGAAGGUGCAAUAAGAAACUUCAUCACAAAGCAUCGUUGUAACUCUUGCUGCAGGAGGCUGAAACUUCCUGAUUUGAGAAGAAGUGACUACACACUGGAAAGGAUCUGUCCAGCCUUCAAAACAGAAAUGGAGACAAGCACCACAGGAGCUGAUGAUGCAGAUGAGCCUCUGGAGUAUGACACGCGGCUGUGAAGCAGUGGCUGUGAGCAGAGCCCAUGUGUUUAUGUGCUCGAAAACCUGCCCCUUAUCACUGCCAUGGGUCAGUCCAAAAGAACAAAAUGCAGGUGUCUGAGCACAGCGUCUGUCUGCCCUUGACAGGCCCUAUAGGCAAGGAAUAAAAAAAAUUAUCUUUAUUUACUCCCCUUCCAUGCUUUUGUGCUGGUCUUUCUUGUACAGUUCAGUGAACUGCCAGGAGCACGUCACCUCUUAGCUGGAUGAACUGUCCCAUCAG